AUGUCCAACACCCCAGAGUGUACCGGGUCGAUCGAAUCUGCCCAUACUGUUUAUAUUUAUUUUGGUUACCCAUUUCUGUUGAUGCAUGGCGGCUUAUUAUCGGUAUUGAUCGUUUUAGGUGUGAUGUACAUUUGCGCAAAAUUCCGUUGGUUUUGCAUGGCUGUCUUCUCUUUCAGCUGUGACCAAGUUCGUUGCUUGACUCGCUCUCGAUGUGCAAGUGGGCCAGACAGGAGGCUGGAAGCACAAGUCAAAGAAGUCCAGAAAUACUAUUUCUUCUCAUUCGGGCGUAUACAUGCUGUGGGGCAGUUGCUCAUCAGUGUAUUCUGCCACAUCAGCUCUGCGAAUGCCGAGCAGAGCAUGCCUCUAGAUCAUGGGUGGCGCUCCGACGGAAUGGUAACUCGUUAUGUUGACGUUGCCCCCAUGUAUAUAUCCGCCACAGCCAUGGUGCUAAUGCUUUGCGUGUUGCCGAAGUCAACGUCGACGGCUUGGUUGAACGCGCUGAACAUCACGUCAUCCUUGAGCGUCAUUUUCUUCUCUGCGGUGCCGGAUAGUAUUCGUGGGUUUUCCGUCUCAGUCGGCGACAGUGAAUUUCGUGCAGCAUUGAUGUUCCAGAUUUCCCAAUCAUGUGCUUGUGGUAACCCAAAGUUGAGCUCCGUUCUAUUAUGUUUCCUUGUAGUUUUGAAAGCAAUUCAGGAGUACUCAUGCUCUUCGGAUGUUUUUGCAUUUGUGGUGAUGGCCUUGUAUGCGGUCUUUAGUCUGAUUGCGUUUUGGAGUUUGGAUUCGAUCAUGAGGCACAUGGCCGCGGUGUAUGCGCGAGAGGCGGACGCCACGAGGCAUGCGUCUCUCAUCGAACGUCUCAUGUCUAAGUCGUGCGAUGCGUGUAUUUAUUUGGGGCCUCGUUUGGAGAUUAUCAAGGGUGCCGAUCAAUUAUGCAGUCUGCUGAUGUGCCGGAGUGGCCCCGAAAAUUUCAAUGGCAGAGUAUUCACGGAGUUUGCGACGGUGGAUGAGAAACCCAGGGUAUCAGAUUUUAUUGCAAGGCAGGCGGAAGCCGAUGGCGCCGAGCAGGAUACCCAGGCGGGCCUUCUUUCCACAAAGCUUCGUGACACACUUGGAAUCACUCUCAGGGUCCAGAUCUACCACGCUUGCGUAGGAAGCGGGGACGACCUUAUCCACGUGAUCGGCAUCAACGAGGAGCAAGAUGAGUGGAACACGCAACGCGUAUACCAGAGCGAUGUUGCUGUUGUGCUAAGCCCUGAUGAGUCCGAGAGAUCAGAGUCCGGCUCCUUCGAUGACGACGAUGGUGCCACCUCUGUUGUAGCAGGCACAUGUGACUCUGAGAUGCACGUGGCCUUUGAUCUGUUCGCUGGGAGCGGGGACGACGCCUUGCCGAUCACGUCAUGCAGCCCUGCUUUCUCGGUCCUCUUUGGCAGCCUCGAGCCUGGUACGCAACUUCGUUCUUUAUUCAGGCAGAAGGACUACAACAUAUUAGAAAAGUGGGUGACAGAUGCCGUGGUCACAUGGAACCCGGACCAACAGGGGGCUCCGACAAGCAAGUGGCUGUCAUUUCGCCUCCACAACUUGAACCGCCUGGGCGUGGAUAUCAAGAGUCGCUGCUCCCUGGCGCCUUGCGGGGACGAUGCCGGUACCAUGCGCUUGAUGUUGCUCGAUCUCCAGUGGCUCGCGCUGCAGCAAGGGCUGCCGCGGGCGCAGCGCACCGCCAGGGCACGCGGGAGACGGGACGGCGGUAGCCUUAGGAGCUCGUUGGGAACGCCUAGCGGUCUCCCAGCCAGUCCUAUCGGGAAGCAGUUGCAGCAUCUCUAG